UCUUCACUGUCUACCCUCUCUGGUCUCUCCCCUCUGCCUGCCUGCCUGCCUGCCCUGAUUCCAGGCUACAUUUCGUCCAAGAGAUCAAGUCCACUCCACUCCUCCAGAAUGUCCAACUACAAGUCCACGUCCUACAGCAUGAGGUCCUCCUCUGCGCCCAGAACCUACAGCAGCAUGUCUUACUCUGGACCAAGCAUUUCAUCACGCAAAAGCUACAGUGUCAGGAGCAGCGUUGGUGGAGGCAACCGGGGCUAUGGAGGUGCUGGCAUCACCAGCUCCUCCGCCUACAGCCUGAGCUCAGGCAUGGGCGGAGGCGGAGGUGCAGGUAUGGGAAUGGGAAUGGGAAUGGGAACAGGAAUGGGUAUGGGUAUGGGCAUGGGCUACGGUAGUGGUGGCAUGGUUGCCCAGGCCCCCAUCACCGCUGUGACUGUGAACAAGAGCCUGCUGGCCCCGUUGAACCUGGAGAUCGACCCCACCAUCCAGGCCGUCCGCACCCAGGAGAAGGAGCAGAUCAAGACCCUCAACAACCGGUUUGCCUCCUUCAUUGACAAGGUCCGCUUCUUGGAGCAGCAGAACAAAAUGCUGGAGACCAAGUGGAACCUGCUGCAGGGACAGACCACCACCCGCUCCAACAUUGACGCCAUGUUCGAGGCCUACAUCAGCAACCUGCGCAGACAGCUCGACAGCCUGGGCAAUGACAAGAUGAAGCUGGAGGCCGACCUGCACAACAUGCAGGGCCUGGUGGAGGACUUCAAGAACAAGUAUGAAGAUGAGAUCAACAAGCGCACAGAGUGUGAGAACGACUUUGUUCUCAUCAAGAAGGAUGUGGAUGAGGCCUACAUGAAUAAGGUUGAGCUGGAGGCCAAGCUCGAGAGUCUGACGGACGAGAUCAACUUCCUCAGGUCGAUCUACGAGGAGGAACUGCGUGAGCUCCAGAGCCAGAUCAAGGACACAUCAGUCAUCGUGGAGAUGGACAACAGCCGCAACCUGGACAUGGACUCAAUUGUUGCAGAAGUCAAGGCACAGUAUGAGGACGUCGCUAACCGCUCCCGUGCCGAAGCAGAGACAUGGUACAAGAGCAAGUUUGAGGAGAUGCAGACAUCCGCCAACAGAUACGGAGAUGACCUGAGAUCUACCAGGACAGAGAUCGCAGACCUGAACCGCAUGAUCCAGAGGCUGACAUCCGAGAUCGAUGCUGUCAAAGGACAGCGUGCCAACUUGGAGGCUCAGAUCGCUGAGGCUGAGGAGCGCGGCGAGAUGGCAGUGAAGGACGCCAAGUCCCGCAUCAAGGACCUGGAGGAUGCCCUGCAGAGAGCCAAGCAGGAUAUGGCCCGCCAGAUUAGAGAAUACCAGGACCUGAUGAACGUCAAGCUAGCUCUGGACAUUGAAAUCGCCACCUACAGGAAACUGCUGGAGGGAGAGGAGGACAGGCUGGCAACCGGCAUCAAGGCAAUCAACAUUUCCCAACAGAGCACCAGCUACGGUGGCGGCUAUGGUGGCGACUCCAUGAAGAGCGGCUUCUCCAGCAGCUACUCCAGCGGCUACAGCAGCGGGUACGGCGGCGGAUACGGCGGUGGAUACAGCAGCGGCGGGUACAGCAGCGGUGGCGGCGGGUACAGCAGUGGUGGCGGGUACGGCAGCGGCAGUAGCAGCGGCGGCAUGGGCUUCAGCGGCGGCAGCAGCGGUGGUAGCUACACCCAGAGCAAGAAGAACGUCGUCAUCAAAAUGAUCGAGACCAAGGACGGCAGAGUGGUGUCCGAGUCCUCCGAGGUCAUCGAGGAUUGAGCUGACUUAUAGAGUUUAGAGGUGUAGCUGCCUGUUCUGCUAUGAUCUAGUUUUAUACUCACAGUUCACCCCCCUUUGCCCCCACAACUGUUUUAACAAACAAGUCUGAAGUAAAACCGCUUUCCAGCCUCUGUCUCCCGUAGAGCCUAAACCUGUUCUUCCAUGAAACGACAAACAAACGCGACCAAAGAUCUGAAAAGGGACCAAAGAAUUUAGGAUCUAAAAAAAAAACCCUAUAUAAUAUCUGACAGUCUUUUACUAAAAAAAGAGUUGUGUCGUAGAAAGUGAGAUUAAAAAAAAAAGAAAUUUCAAACACUUCCAGCAGCGAUUCCACACACUGACGGGUUGUCGCAAUCAAAUGGACUGUGGCGUUGUCAAAGGAACGUGAAUGUACUAAAAACAAGUUCUCCAGUAUUGUUGGUUAACUAAUGUCUUUAAAAUUCGCCUGCUACAGUAGGUAGUGCAUGUCUUCCCCGUGCGUGUUCCUGUAACUGAAACUGUUCGACCCCUUAGGAGGCGGCCCACGUCACACUGUCCUGAGGUGCUGUUUUUGCUACCAAACCAAAUAAAAUGUGUUUACUGAAAAAGUA